AGGUUUGUAGCUGCAGCUGCAGGCAAGCCUGGCCACUGUUGGCUGCAGCAGGACAUCACAGGCACAGUCCCCGGGGCUCUGAGCAGACACCCCUUGCCAUUGCCACACCUCCAGAUGCUCUCCCAGCUAGCCAAGCUGCGGGGCAGCCUCCUCCUGAUGGUUGCCACCGUGUCUGUGGCUCAACAGACAGGGCAGGAGGCAGGUAGAGGCUGUGAGACACUUGUAGUCCAGCACGGCCACUGUAGCUACACCUUCUUGCUGCCCAAGCCUGAGCCCUGUCCUCCAGGGCCUGAGGCCUCCAGGGACUCCAACACCCUCCAGAGGGAAUCACUGGCUAACCCACUGCACCUGGAGAAGUUGCCCACCCAACAGGUGAAACGGCUGGAGCAGGCACUGCAGAACAACACGCAGUGGCUGCAGAAGCUAGAGAGGGCCAUCAAGAUGAUCUUGAGGUCGAAGCUGGUGCAGGUCCAGCAGCAAAUGGCCCAGAAUCAGACGGCCCCCAUGCUAGAGCUGGGCACCAGCCUCCUGAACCAGACCACUGCCCAGACCCGCAAGCUGACCGACAUGGAGGCUCAGCUCCUGAACCGGACAUCAAGAAUGGAUGUCCAGAUGCCGGAGACCUUCCUUUCCACCAACAAGCUGGAGAACCAGCUGCUGCUACAGAGGCAGAAGCUCCAGCAGCUUCAGGGCCAGAACAGCGAGCUGGAGAAGCGGUUGCAGGCCCUGGAGACCAGGCAGCAGGAGGAGCUGGCCAGCAUCCUCAGCAAGAAGGCGAAGCUGCUGAACACGCUGAGCCGCCAGAGCGCCGCCCUCACCAACAUCGAGCGCGGCCUGCGCCGUGUCAGGCACAACUCCAGCCUGCUACAGGACCAGCAGCACAGUCUGAACCAGCUGCUGGUGUCGUUGCGGGACCUGGUGCAAGAAAGGGCUAACGCCUCUGCCCCGGCCUUCAUAAUGGCAGGUGAGCAGGUGUUCCAGGACUGUGCAGAGAUCCAGCGCUCUGGGGCCAGUGCCAGUGGUGUCUACACCAUCCAGGUGUCCAAUGCAACGAAGCCCAGGAAGGUGUUCUGUGACCUGCAGAGCAGUGGAGGCAGGUGGACCCUCAUCCAGCGCCGUGAGAAUGGCACCGUUACUUUCCAGCGGAACUGGAAGGAUUAUAAACAGGGCUUCGGAGACCCAGCCGGGGAGCACUGGCUGGGCAAUGAGGUGGUGCACCAGCUCACCAGAAGGGCAGCCUACUCUCUGCGUGUGGAGCUGCAAGACUGGGAAGGCCACGAGGCCUAUGCCCAGUAUGAACAUUUCCACCUGGGCAGCGAGAACCAGCUAUACAGGGUGGUGGUUUGAUGCCUGUGGCCUGUCAAACCUCAAUGGUGUCUACUACCACGCUCCCGACAACAAGCACAAGAUGGACGGCAUCCGCUGGCACUACUUCAAGGGUCCCAGCUACUCGCUGCGUGCCUCUCGCAUGAUGAUACGGCCUUUGGACAUCUAACAAGCAGCUGUGCCAGAGGCUGGACCACACAGGAGAAGCUCGGACUUGGCACUCCUGGACAACCCGGACCCAGAUGCAAGACACUGUGCCAGCACCUUCCUUGACACCCUGGGCUUCCUGAGCCAGCCCUCCUUGCCCCAGAAGUCCAGAAGGGUCAUCUGCCCCCCUAGUCCCCUCUGUCUGUUACAUGGAGGGUGUUCAGGGCCCAUCCCUCUGAUGUAGUCCUCACCCUUCUCUCCCUCCCCCUUCAGGGGCUCCCUGCCUGAGGGUCCUUGAAUGGGCUGAGAACAGACCAAACUUGACUCUUCAAAGGAAUACAUGACCAAUGGUGGGGUUGCAGGCAGGUGGAAAGGUAUUUGCACACUGGAAGCUGCCCAGAUGGCCCAGGUUCUAUCCCUUGGGUUGGCGAGAAGGCCAUCUCUCAUUCCAAGCUCCUGUUCCAAGCUUUCCUAGUCUUGAGAUGUCCUUGAACUUUCUUUUCAAGUCUGAAGGGGAUGCAUCCACUCCUUAAUGGGUGGGUUAAUCAUUAUUUCCCCUUCAUACUUCACCACUUCUAGGCUCCAAUGACCCUAGAGCUCAGGGUCUUUAGACUUCACCACUUCUAGGCUUUACCACUUCACCACUUCUAGGCUCCAAUGUUUGGAGCUCAGGGUCUUUAGGAGACCUAAAAGACAUGCUCCUUCACCUCCAGCAUGUCCUAGAGGAUGUGUCACAGGGAAUAACUAUGGCUUGUCUCUAAAAGUACCUGUGAGCAAUGAGAAAAGGAAACAGUAGGUUAAGUCAAAGUGAACAGGCACUUUUCACUGCAGGACUGAUCAGAGCCUUUAAUAUGGCCAAGUGCCUUAUUACUACCCAUAAAGGGGCUAGAGUGGGCAGCUUUCUCCAAAUUUACUUAUUUGAAAAUGGGCUCAGUUUGUCCCAGAGCAUCUCACAGGGCUGUAGAUGCUCUUGGACAAAGCUAGUGCUCCCCUGGCGCAAGGAGGAGCCCCACAGCCCCAUCCCCACCUCAGCUAUACUCACCCUUUUUGGCUACAAGGACGACAGUGACAGCCUCAAACAACCUCUAAAAACAACUAGAAAUAACCUUUCAGUUGAAACAGAUACCAUCCCUGAAGAAGGGUCUAGAACUUAGUCCCUGCCUGUGUUAUAGGCUCAUGUCCUCCAAAGCUCCUUCAAGUCCCAGGAAGCUGAUCUCUACCUGGGUGGCUUCCCUCAGGACUUCCUGUAACCUCAACUCCCCCAGGCUCAAUUACAGGGACUGUUGGGCAGGACAUCUGUCUCCAAGUCCAGAUGCUCUCUGCCUCCAAGCCGAAGCCCCUAGCCUCCCUCCCCUUCCCCAUCCAGCAGUGAUGCUGCCCCUGUGGUGGUAGGUGGGGAGCUGCAGGGAAGGAGAUCAGGCCUCUGCCUGAGCUUGGGAGACCAGGGCCCACAUAGCUUCUUUCAGAGGAUGGAGUCAGAAAGGAUCCACAGCCACUGUGUCACCUGCCCCCAUCACUGUGUCAUGCUCUCUGCCCUGUUGUCAUCAGCCAACACCCAGGCCUAGCCAGGAGCCCACCUGCCCUACUGCCAGGAUACACAUCUGUCCUCAGAAGUUUUUCUCCUGGAUGAGACUGGGCCAAUGGGAAUAGGAUACCUUCAUCCCCCUGGCUCUGCCCCAGCCCUCAGUCCCACUCUCAGCCGAUCCCUGAGUAAACCCAGCACAGACUGACUUUGAUCUCAUUCCUGGGAAACAGCACUUUUCUCCUUCAAGACCCAAAGGACAUGGUUGCUGAUGGUGGCAUUUCAGGCAGGAUGGGAAAUCUUUAGCGGCAGGUUGCUGCCCAGAGAGCUCAAAUUGCCUCAGGCAGCAUUUGCCCAGCAGACCUUUAUUUAGCCUCUACUGUGCGCAGUGUGGUGUGGUGGGCAGGGCUUUGGAGUCAGACAAACCUGCUCCAGCUCUGACACUUUGGUCCAGUGGCUCAGCCUCUCAAGGCACCAGUUAUCUUCUCAAUCGUCAAAGCCUCAGUUGUCCCAUCUGUGAAAUGGAGAUGAUAAUAUUCCUUCCUGGCUGGGCUGUGACAAGGAGGAAAUGAGACCAUGUAUGUCAUCGUCUUAGUAGAGCCUGGCAUGAAGCAGGUGCCUAAUAAUGUUUGUCCCCAAAGAGGUGAAUGGGGUGAGGAAGGCAUUCCCCAGCACAUGCCGCUCCUUCUCCUGCACUCAGGUGAGGAAAAGGUGUUUUAUUUUUGUAUCCACACCAUUUAUCUUUCUACUGUAGUUUCUAGGCUGACUGCAAGCUAGAGAGGAGACAGGGCAAAGCUGUGAGGCCUAGGGACAGAACUCCUCUGGGUAGGAUGAAGGCCCAAGUCCCUCUCUGUACUCCCAUUUUAUAAGGGGGCAGGAAGAUGAUUUGAGUUGCCCUCAGACACCUGUUCUUUAUGUCAUUUUAUUUUAUUUUUUUGAGACAGAGUCUCACUCUGUUGCCCAGGCUGGAGUGCAGCAGUGGCAUGAUCUCGGAUCACUACAAUCUCUGCCUCCCGGUUCAAGUGAUUCUCCUACCUCAGUCUCCUGAGUAACUGGAAUUACAGACGCCUACCACCACACCUAGAAAACUUUUGUAUUUUCAGUAGAGACGGGGUUUCAUCAUGUUGGCCAGGCUGGUCUCAAACUCCUGGCCUCAGGUGAUCCACCUGCCUUGGCCUCCCAAAGUGCUGGGAUUACAGGCGUGAGCCACCAUACCCAGCCUCAGACACCCAUUCUUAAAUAUUCAUCCUUCUUUCUUAUCUUCCUUCCUCCUCCAUGCCAGGACUCAGGUACAAGGGAUAGAAAUUCUAGCCCUAAGAAAUAAAUUGACUCACAAUUUAUUGUCUAAGGGUAAAGGCAAGUGAGGUUAGAUCCAGAGGCUCAAAUGAUGUCAGCUCCAACUCUCAGCCCCUCCAUCUGCCCCAUUGACUUCAUUCUCAGCCAGGAUCUUUCCUCACAAGAAGGCUCUGGCAGCCCCGGGCUCGUGUCCUCCCAGCUCAGCAUCCCUGACUCGGGGAGCUCCCCCGUCUCCGUGGUUCCAGUAAAGGAAUGAUUUUCUGCAGCCA